AUGGCCUCUCUUGUCCCCAUCAAGUUCAGUGAACUCACUGCCAAGUACCAGGGACUCAAUGGCAAGCUCCUUCUACAUGCCAAAGGCAAGAUCCCCGGAUUCUACCUCAAGCCCUUCUUUGAACAAGAGCUCUGGAUUGGCGCACUCAAGUUUGCCGUCAUGGCUUACAGUGGUGGCCUUUCCAAGCUCCCCCACGAGAAGGACGUAGAAUUCGACUUUGAACUUCCAAUCCAUCUACCCAUCGACGACUUCAACAACGAGUCGGUCUUGAUCAAGACCGCCUUUGGCAUUUCUGAGGUCAAGAUUGAUUAUCUUGACUGGGCCAAGCCUACGGAUAUUACUGUGCCUCUUCUGGCUGCUGUAGACGACCUCACCCUGGCUGGCAACACAGAUAAGAAACCAUCCUACACUACUACUAUCCGCCCUGUUAAAGAUAUUUAUCUCGCGGACGAGGGUCGCCUUGAAAUCACAGCUGAAGUCCCCAAGCAGCCUGAUUCUUCGGUAAACAUUGACUUUAACCCUUAUUUCAUCAAGCUGGUCGCUGCUAGUUAUGAAAAAGGGUCUAUCAAGUGGACCAUUAAGUGGGAAAAGGUUCCAGAUCUUGCACACGACCCGCAGCGAGUCAGUGUCAUCACCAUCACCCCGUUCGAGAUAAAGAUCCAGCCCUGGCCUCCCAUUCCCGACCCCAAAGACAUUCAGCCCUACCGUAUCCACCGCUUGUUCAUGGGUUCGGAUCAGAAAGAGUGA